AUGGCAAACGAACCACAAGAAAACAUGAUGCGAAUAGCGAUAGCUGGCUCUGGUGGACUUGCACGAAUCUUUGCUCACUACUUGAAUGCAACUGUUCAUCCAUUCAUCAUAUUGUCAAGACAGGCCCAACCUGACUUGGAAGCUCUUGACUAUCAGAUCGCUGUUGUCAAUUAUGAUAGUCAAGAUGAACUUCGCUAUACCCUCAGGGGCAUCGAUCUUGUCAUAUCAACUGUCUCGGGAAAUCCCCAGAUCAACCUUAUCGACGCUGCUGCUCACUCUGACGUCCGUCGAUUUGUUCCGGCGGAGUUUGAAGGACCACCAGGACGUCGACCUCGUAAUGACCCCUUAGAUCGUGGCAGAGCAGCGACACUUGAUAGGCUUCGGCACUGGUCUCACCAUCAUCGACACCGCAUGGCGUCCACGAUAUUUAUUUGCGGGGUGUUUUACGAGAGGUUUGCUCGUGGUGGCUUAGGAUCUUUGGGCAUCGGUACUUCUACAAAUGUCUAUUACCAAGGUUCUUACUUGAUGGAUGUGGAAGCUAGCACCGCGGAAAUAGUCGAGAGGCAGAGCGGAGGCCAAGCAGUUCCCAUUUUCCUGUGCUUGACUUCAGUUUACGAUGUGGUACAAUUCCUUGUUGCAGCACUUGACAUUCCCCUGCAGAACUGGCCAGCAGAAUUCAAAAUGCGUGGAGAUCGAAGGUCAGUUGCAGAGGUUGUACUCUACGCUGAGUCUGUAAAAGGGGGAGCACCAUUCGUUCAAGAAGUGAUACAAGCGAGAGAUUUGCCUGCCCACCUUGAGCAUGCUACCUAUUAUCAAGACUUUGCCAAGGUUGGCCGCGUGCAAGAGCUCAUCGCAACGGAGCAACGAAGAUACGAUUACACGACCGCGAACCUCAACACUCUUGUCAACGUCGUUCCAACAAAUUUUUGGGAUUGGUUAAGGGAACAUUGGGGAGCACAAUAG